GAUGCGAUGAUCUCACCGCGAGACAUUUUAAUUGUCCUUGAAAAAAAUCUUAUAAUACGCAAAUCUAUUGUGUCGUUGUUGUCGUACAUCAAUGCUUCACCAAAAUGCUGAACUGCAUUUUUAAUAUGUGUUCGAUGAUGUGAUCUCAUUGAAACACAUUAUGAUUGUGCUCGAAAAAUCUUAUAUUAGACUUACGUAAAAUUAUAUCAAACUUUGUCGCAGCGAGUUGGAGGGGAGUUUAGAUAAAAGUAUGAGGUAUCGCGAUUUUGUCAGUUGCACUUUGAUAGGCGUACUUGAAAGAACAGUUUGACAAAGUGGUAAUAGAGUGGAUAGACUAGAUAUGAAUUAUUACGUUCCGAUGAUGGAAGAAGCGUUCGAGAGACCUAUUUCAUCUCAUAAUUUGAAAUUACCUCCUAUAUUGGAAAGAAGAUUUGCUCUAACACCGACUGCUUUUAAAUAUCUGGAUAUUGGAAUCAGCGUAGGACCUGUGUUAUAUGUGGAAAUAAUUAUCAGUGACAACCGAGACAAUCACAUUAUCUUGCCUUACGGAAUGUGGAAGAUGUUCAUCAAAAGACGUAUGGACAUUGAACGAUUUUUGCAGUCAAGCGUUCCGUCAUCGCUAACAAUUCAAGAUCUGGUUGUAGAACUUGUAAAAAUACUGUAAGAAAAAUAUUGUAAAAUUU